UGUUUAAUUCUUCUCUCUGUUGUUACUGCGUCAUUCAUGUGUUGUUCAUUUCAUGAAAUAUUUUCAUCGUAGUUUCUCGCGUUACGUUGUAAUUUCUCUUAAUUACUAGUUUUCAAUUUUGUGAUAAAAUUGUGCGUUGAACAGUUAUAUUGUACAAGAUGGCUACAGUGAUUUACUUUGAAAAUCGCCUCGUGUCGAACAUCGACUGUGCAAAUGUUUCUGAUAUAAAGAACGUUGUUUCGUCACAAUAUGAUGUUCCUACUGAAGAUUUAUACGUUUUAAUUAAUGGUAAGAGGGUUUUUGAUGAAUCCCACGUGCAAAACAGUAAUAACGUGGUCAGAGUCUUCACGAAAUUGGUCGGAGGGAAAGGUGGCUUCGGCUCUAUGUUGCGCGCCAUUGGCGCUCAGAUUGAAAAAACCACAAACAGAGAAGCUUGUAGAGAUCUUUCUGGAAGGCGAUUACGUGAUAUUAACGAGGAGAAAAGGCUCCGAAAGUGGCUGGAAGGCCAAGAGGAGCGCGAGCGUGAGGCCUUUGAGAGGAAGCAGAAAAAGUUGGAAAGGUUGGUCGCUGAACCAAAAAUUAAAGUUGAUCUGAAUCCAACAUACGUAAAAGAGUGUGAAGAACUACCAGAACGAGUGAGUGCCGCUGUGGAUGCCGGUUGGCAGGCGGCUGGAUCGUCGAAAGAAGGCUUAAAAAGAAAAUUAAAUGAGUCUGAUAACAAAAACAAGAAGAAAGCCAAGUUAUGGAUAGAUGCUGACUUUUCAGACUGUUCGUCUUUAAGCGAGGACGAGGAUGAAGAGUGCAAGUCAUCUGUGACCCAAACGGUGUUGACGGACAGCGGAAAUGAGUCCGAUAGAAUAUCGGAAAGUAGCAAAUCGUAAACAUACACAUAAUGUUAAAGUUUAGAAUAACAUAACAUUGUAAUGGUAGUAUUGGAUAUACCAAUGUAGAUAAUAACUAUCAAUUAUGAUGAAAACAAAAAUGUAAUAACUCACUGAAUUGAUCUCUUUUUAUCAUCUGUAUGUAACAAUUUUGUACACAUUAGUAAAUUUGAGUAGUUUUUUUUUUUGUAAAAAUUAGUACAACCUAUGUGACUUAUAGUUUUUGUCUUAGUUUUUAUAUGAAUUAAUAAAAAUCGUAUGUCUAAUGUACAGCACCACUCUUUUUUCAUUGUGAUAUUGGUUAAACUUGUAAGUAAUUGCUGCUUUACUCCUGCAAUGUCCUGAAAUCUUAAUUCUUUUGAAUAAUGUAAAUAAUAACAUUUAGAAAUUUCUUUAAACUAUUGAUCUUAGUAUUCAACUUUUGAUCUGUCAUAUUAAACCAUUAUUGUUUAAAGCUUGCUUUGUAUCAUAAUAUCAAGACUUCGGGGUGAUCAGCACCAAACUCUUCGUUAACUUUUCCGAGAUAUUGAUAUUUUGGUAUUGAGAUCAGCGCCUCAAUCAUGACUAUUUUGCCAUAUCUAAUAAAGUUAAUAUCCCAUUUUAAGUCUUAAUAAUAGUGUUAAUUUUUUUUAAGUCUUAAAUUUGUGUAUUUUUAAUGGCUAUUUCAUUCAAACAAGUAUCUUUUCUCUUUACCCUUGAGUUACUUUUUUUUAAUUUGUUAAUAUUGAAAUUAUGCUAAUCAAAAAUUGUUGUUAAUUAGUAGUUUCAAUUAAGUUCUCAAGUAUAUGUUUAGGUAUUGUAUUUAACUUUUAGUGGAAUAUUUUUUGUAAGUUUCGAGUAUUAAGAAUCCAAAAAAUUGUAAAUAAUUAAAAAUGUAAUAAUUUUUAGGCAUUUAGGGGUAGGAGAAAAAUGUAAAAAUUAUUGUAUAGUUAGUUGUUAGUUAUUGCAGGUUUAUUUAACACUUAACUAUAAAGGCUAGACUAGUUUACUUUAUUAUCUUUAUUUUUAAAACAUUUACAAGUUUUAAUAAACAAAUAUCAAGUCUUAGACCAUUUUUGUACUGAAAAAUACUGCCAUUUCAUUGAAUUACAUGAAAUUUUUGUGAUUUAUAAAAAUAAAUAAUAAUUAUUUUAAAAA